CAGGUACUUAUGUACUUAUGUACUUACGUGUUGAGCAAAGCGUAGGAAAACAUGGUUAAAUCGUUCUUCAGACGUUUGCUUUCGCGGGAAAGCAGUAAGCGAACCGACGACGCGCCACUAGAAGCGGAUAAAUCGCAGAAGCCAAGUGAUAGCGUGGACGUGAAGGAUGUAAACCUAAGCAGAAAGCCUAGUGCGAGUCCGCAGUCGCCAACUCCAUUGUUUUACAUUGACCAGCUUGCCAAGGACAACGUCUUCGAGGAUGCACUUGACCAUGCCCCUCGUCAAGAUGGAGUUCAAAAAGAAGCUCCAGGUGAGGAUGAUCUGGCAGGAGACCUUGUUGCGGGUGAGGAUCCUCUGGCAGCCGUUGUUAUGAAGCGAAAAAGUGUACUCAUCCUCAAGAAAGUAGGCACCUUCUAAGUAGGAAAAAGCCUCUUUUCUUGAGUAUGAGUACACUUUUUCCUGUCAUAGUUGUGCUGGAUGAGGUGAAGCAGCCGUCUGCAGAAAGGAAGCGGAUGAGCUUCUGCAAGUCUGGCAGUAGGACUUCUCAGGGCAGCACGCAGACGUGGGGCACGGCCGCCACGAGUUCCGACACCUCGUCGCUCUGUCUUGUGCCUGGAGGUGAAGAUCUAAAACCGGGUGAAGCGGAAGGACCAGGUGAAGUUCCUAGUGGAAACUACGAGAAUGGUGGAAACUACGAGGAGAGUAACAGCAAAAACAACAGUAGCCGUAAUGGUGCUAGAACAUCAGCUGGUGGAUCAUGUUCGGCAUCUUCCUCGUCGCCUCCGCCUCAAUCCUCGAGGUAUACAGGUAGUCUCGCUGCACGACAGAAGCGUGCGCAGCAUUUGCGCAGUUACAUCAAAUUUCGACACGCUCUCUCAACCGUCGAGGAAUCUUCCCCUACUACUGCGGCCGACGACCCACGACACGAGUUGCUGAUGCUUGGUGCGGCCUACAGCAGUCCGAAACUCCUCAAGCAGAGCUCAGGACUGAUGAGUGCCGACAGUCUACCUGGCAGCCCUACAACAAAGACAACGAAGGACAAUGCUGGCCUUAGCUCUUGCCUAUCGAUUCCGGCAGGUGAUGAACUCCCCUUAAAGCCAAGCGAAAAGAAAGGCGAAGCAGCUGGCAGAGAUCGAGCAGGCUCGAAAACAGCUUCCGAGCAAUCGAGUGAAUAUGCACUGUUUUUGUCCGAGGAUUCAUCAAGUUCCGCGUCCGAGCUGGAGAACACGGGAGAAGUAGUCUGAUCUUGUGCUGAAUAGAAAAAUGUUUAUGUUUUUAGAAUUUGAUUGAAAUUAUGUAUGAAGAUAUUCAGAAGAGUUCUUAAUGUACCUCGUUCUCCUUUUAUUGUUUGGUUGUCGAUGAUCACGAUGUCAUUGAAAGUUCCGUUAUGUACUUCUCACUACAUCUACGGAUGUAGUUUCGAAAGGGUGUGUGAACCACCGAUAGAAUGUGAAAUUAUGUGCCAUAUCUUCUGGGCUUUUGAUGGAACAAUGUCAUAGAAGUUCAUCACGUGAUUCUGAGCUUUGACCAUGGAUACAACGUGUGAGAGAGGACCACGGCAUCUUCAACAUAAUUGUUGUAUUUUCAUGCUGAG